AACAGAUACGAGUCAAUUUUAUGAUUUUAUCCGAUCUGCCCUCGCAAGUCUCGCAACGCAAGUAAGUUGAAAAACUUGCAAUAUUUAGCGUAUAAUAGGAAUUACUGCGUAGCAAAAGCCAAGAAGCCCAAUCGAGAGCAAAACCAAACGCCAACCAUGGCUACCACCGGCGGCAGCCAACAACCCGAUAAACGGCCGCAAUCAAUCUUCGACCUUCCUCAAGAUUUCUUCGACUGUUGCCGUCUUCUUCCUCCCGCCAAACUCCAUCAUCAUCCUCCUUCUUCAUCCACCGAAGCAGCCCUAACUUCGAAACAGCAAUUGCAGGAAGAAAUUCCAGAAGAUGAUGAAAUUUUUAAUGAUACUUGUAAUUUUAGUAUGAAUACUUGGUCUUGCAAUAUUUGCAAGUCUGAAUUCGACUCUCUUCUUGACCAGCGUUCUCACUUCAAGUCCGACCUUCAUCGUUUCAAUGUAAAGUUAAACCUAGCGGGAAAAGUUGUUUUGAAUGAGGAUGCCUUUGAUGAGUUAACUUCAGACUCUUUUACUAAGGACUUUGAUGUUUCAAGUAUAUCGGGAUCAGAAGAUGAAGAUGAAAGAGGAUCCCGUGUUAGGUAUAAUACAAGGGACAUGUCGGUUCAAAGUAUUAAGCAGAAAUUAUGUGUCCAUCUUCAGUCAGGAGAAAAAGUCUCAAUAUGGAAGUGCUUUCUUUUGAAAGAUAACGAGGAUGUCUCCUAUGAGAACAAUCAGUUAGUGGUUGUUGAUGACAAUGGACGUGUUCCCGAUUUGAAAGUAAUAGAGAGGUUGAAAUCUUUGACUCACGAGCCAAGAGAUAAUACUCACUUGAGGAUUGUAUUGCUGGCCAGUGGAGGACAUUUUGCUGGUUGCGUCUUUGAUGGCAACACUGUUAUUACUUACAAGACGUUCCACAGAUAUGUUGUGAGGGCCAAGGCUGGUAAAAGACAGUCAACCAAAGAUGCAAGUGGCAGAUCUAUACAUUCUGCUGGAGCAUCACUUCGCCGCUAUAAUGAGCUUGCUUUGAAGAAGGAUAUUCAAGAGUUGCUUGCUUCUUGGAAGCCUUAUUUUGAUGCAUCUUCCUGUGUUUUCAUCUAUGCACCUUCAAGCAACCGCCAAAUGUUCUAUAAUGGCGAGGGCCCACUCUUGAGCAACCAACAGUGUGAUGCUAGGAAUAUUCCUUUUAGUGUUCGGCGGCCUACCUUAAAGGAAGCACGACGGAUAUAUAACCAGUUGAGCCUAGUUGUUUAUGAAAAUGAGGAAGAGCUUCCUGAUAUAAAGCAGAUUGACUUAAAUGUAAGUUGUGUAAGUGAUGCAAACAUAUUGAAGGGUGCCGAAAGGGGUGAAGUAAAGGUGAUUAAGGAGGAUGAAGUCUCUGGAAGUGGCAAAAUUUCUGAUGAAGAAUCCUCGUCAGAAGAAGGUGAUAAAGAACUCGGACACACUACAACUCCAUUACAUGAAGCAGCGAAAUCUGAUAAUCCUGAAAAGGUUUUGGAACUUCUAGAGCAGGGUUUAGAUCCUACUGUCAAAGAUGAAAGAGGGAAAGCACCCUACAUGGUGGCUACUGAUAAGGAAGUCAGAAAUACUUUCAGACGCUUUAUGGCUUUAAAUCUUGAAAAGUGGGAUUGGCAUGCUGCUAAUGUUCCUAGUGCGUUGACUAAAGAGAUGGAGGAGUCUCAGGCUGCAAAGCAGGCUGAAAAAGAUGCUAAGCGGAAAGCAAAAGCAAAGGAAUUGAAGAAACAGCGGAAAGCAAGGGAAAGGGAAAAGAAAGCUGAGGUCAAGGCUGCAGAAUCCCAGAAGAUAGCAACGGCCGCAGAGAACAAAAGUACUGCUUCACGUCCAGUUAGAACAGUUCAAUCUGUGAUUGCAGCUAGAUUGUCCAAAGAGGAGGAACUAAAGAGGAAACAAAUCGAGGAGAGAGAAAAGAGAGCUGCUGCAGCUGAAAGAAGACUUGCCUUGGCUGCUGCUGCUGCUAAUGCUCAAGGGGCUAGCAGUAACCCUACUACUGCAAGCUCCUCCCAACCAAAAACCAACAUUGGUAGUACCGACACAGUUUGCUCCUGUUGUAAUGCAUCAUUGGAGGGUAAAGUUCCUUUCCACCGAUAUAACUACAAAUACUGCAGCACGACAUGCAUGCAAGUUCACAGAGAAUUUCUUGAAGAUGGUUAGCAAACUGGUUAGAGUUUCACCCAGUGCUUUUUUACUGUAGAAAUUUCAAUCUAUAUUGUUCAUUAUUAUGUUAAUAGCUUUAAUUUAAUGCUGUAUUACAAUCAUAUCAAUUACAGUUAUACCACAUUUUUUUGAGAAAAAAUUAUCAUGGGAAAGAUCUGUCUUGUUGACAUUUUAUUACAGUAAAAACACACUAAACUCUGACCUAUCUGAUUGGAGUACAGUACAUCAAAGUAUAUUUAAGACAUGGAUAUAAAAUACAUUAAAAAAAGAGAGAGAAAAAGAAAGAAAGAAAUAAACAUAUGAAUACAAAUGUUGCUGAUUGUAAUGAAGUUGAUAUGUUUGGUUGAUGGCAAAUCUAGUUCUCUUCUUUUGUGACCGACACGGAACAAGCCGAGGCUACUCGUGAAAUUUGCUUCUCAUGCUCAACGGUCCCCAUCGGCCCUCCCUUCACAUCAUUGAUAUUAUAGUUCAUAUUUCCCUUUCUUUUUGCUGUUAUUGGAGGAUCUACCAUUCUACCUUGCACGACUGUGUAGCAUAUACCAUAGUUUCUAGAAUUUUCGGUAAUCAUCAAUAUUCAACAGGGAUCACAAAAAAAAAAAAAAAAUUGUCGUCAAAUUGUUAAUGAAGGGAAGCUACUUCCUCUUCGGCUUUGCUUUAAAUUAUACAGCACUGUCAUGUCCCUUGUUCGAAAAUUAGUUUAAAUUGUAUAUUUUAUUUUCAUUUUACUUUUUUGGCGAUAUUGUUGGAGCUAUUGAAAUUUUUUGAAAGGAAAAGGAUAUGAGGUGAGUGAAAAAAAUUGAGCAUCUUUAAGGGACAAGAGGAAUAUACAACUACCCGUUAUGUCACGAGGACGAGUUUUACAUUUACUGUCAAGAAAGUAAGAUAGUCCUAUGGUAUUUGUUAAUUUGUAUAGUACUUUCUGUUUAUGAACUGGUGAUAGGCUGUUGGAGUGGUCUUAAAAAUUAAGCACGGUGUACCAAAUUAGUUGCCAUGAUCAUAGUGUUUACUCCCACGAGUGUUCAUAUAUUUUGGAAUAUUUUUGGUGCCUUUAUUUUUCUCCUUUUUUUUUUUUUUUUUUUUUUUUAUCUGUCAUUGUUCUAUAACCUCAUUCUAAAACAAAAAGUAUUUAUAAAAUAUAAAAUCUUACUGUACUAAUAAUAAUAUUAGCAGAUUAAUAAAGAUUGGUAUUAUUCCAUGACCACCAGACAGACCAAAGAGCAAAAGGCCAAAGUUUUAGCCAAGUGACUUACAUUUUAAGGGUCGGACAUUUAUAGGGCAACCUAUUGUACUGUAUUUGUUUCUUUAAUGCAUUACUUUUCUAGUUCAUUCUCAAAGAGGAGUGUUUAAGAGGUUGGAAGUAGAUUCUUUUUUGUUUUUAUGUUUUCAUUAUUUAUUAUCAUGAUGCAAAUAGAUUAUCUUCAAGUGUAAGAAAAAUUGCAAUAAUGCAACUCUUCCUUGCAGUUUGUAUUCGCAAACGUGUGAUGAAUUUGAAGCUAUUUGUUAAACAAAAUUUGUUUGAAAGCG